AGUUCAAAUGUAACUUUAAAAAAAUUUUGGAUUUAUUUUUGUAAUAUUUAUUAUAUGGAAAAAUGUAAAUUUAUUAUCACUGUUUGAGAAACAUGCAACAUUUAAUAAGUACUUCUAAUAGCAUAAAUUAUUAUAUCCAACCAAAUAACCUCAACCUUGUGUGAUAUCAUUAGAAAAUAAGGCUUGACAAAAUAAUAUAAAGAUGUGUGCAUUGCCUGUUGUCGAUUUUGAACGCGAAUUGCACAGAAAGUAUUUGUCUAGAUUUUUAAACCAUCGUAUUCCUUCAUAUUUGUUGAGUAUGGAUACAAACAGAUCAGUAUUAGCGUAUUUUUGUAUUGCUGGCUUAGAUGUUUUGGGCGAAACAGAAAAGAUAUCGGGUGAAAGAAAACAACAAAUAGUUGACUGGAUUUACCGGCUUCAGAUUGACAACCAAAAAGACUUGGUAAGUGGGUUUCAAGGAUCCACGACAUUAAAUACAAAAGAGAACAAAGACCAGAAUACGCCUUAUAAAUGGGGUCACAUUGCAACAACCUUUUCUAGUCUAUUAACGCUUUUGAUUUUAGGAGAUGACUUAGGCAAAGUGAAUAGAAAAGGAAUAAUACAGAGUUUAAGAGCAUUACAGUUAGAAGAUGGCUCUUUUAAGGGUGCAAUCGAAGGAGCUGAAAACGAUAUGAGGUUUGUAUUUUGUGCAUCGACUAUAUCAUAUAUUUUAAACGAUUGGACGGGUAUAGACGUCGAGAAAAUGAUAGAUUUUAUAUUAAAAAGCAUAUCAUAUGACGGUGGAAUUGCACAAGGACCUGAAUUGGAAAGCCACUGUGGAUCGACAUUUUGUGCGGUCGCUAGUUUAGCUUUAAGCAAUAAUUUACACAGAUUAUCAAAUAAUCAGUACAAGAAUUUGAGGAGAUGGCUACUUUUUCGACUUGAAACAGGAUUUAAUGGAAGACCGAAUAAGCCAUCUGAUACGUGUUAUUCAUUUUGGACGGGCGGAGCCCUUAAAAUAUUGAAUGCAUAUCAAUUUAUAGAAUCUGACAAUAAUCCCAAGUUUGUUUUAAUGACUCAAGAUAGAUAUGGUGGAUUUUCUAAAUGGGUGAAUUCGGUUCCUGAUCCUAUGCAUACAUACUUUGGACUAGCUGGUCUUAGUUUAAUGAAAUACGAAAAUUUAGAACAGGUUCAUUGUGAACUAAAUUGCACAAAAAGAGUCCAUGAGAGACUAAAAACGAUACAUGCCAAUUGGAAGUAAAGUAUGUUCGAAAAAGAAAACGGCGUCGCAGUAACCCACGAGCGCGACAUAUUUAUUAGCUAUUGUUAUUUCAUAAGACGCGGGUUUUUUUACUGUGACGCCGUUUUCUUUUUGAUCGUACGAUAUCUUAACUAGGGGCCUUCUGACAUUUCAGCAACAUAUUUUUGUUUACUUUACCUCUGUUUAUUAAUGUAGGCUAUUGUCUCUAUGAGUAGAUUUAUAAAUAACAGUGGAUUUUUAAAAGCACAACCUUUUUUGAUAUUUUUUGAGAAUUUAUACAAAAAAAAAUGUAGUUAUACCAAGGAAUACCGUAGCUAUACAGUAGCGACAGUAUGCGUCGGCAUUUUUGAACUAAGUGCAGGGUUGCCACAAGAAAAUUUUUGAUUGUGCAGAACUUGACCAUAAAAAUGUGUAGCAUUGUGUAGCCACCCAUGACCAAUAAUAGUAAACUAUCUAAAAAGACUAUGAAAAAGACGUACGUUCACCAAAUUUUAAAACAUGGUGGUAAAACGAAUGGAGUCUCACUUCCACUCGUUUGUAUACGUCAAUAUAUUCAUUUCCCAUUUCAUUUCCUCUCAUGCCAGCAAAUAUUGCCAUGACGUCAAAAUUCAUGUCGCGAAACUAACGAUUUUAUGGACAAAUUAGACCGGUUAAAAAAGUCUGUAUAAAAACUCUAAACAAUUCAGGACUGUUUAAUCGGCCAAAUUUGUCCAUAGAAACUGCAGUCCUUGCUGAUAUGAGAGGAAGUGAAAUAGAAAUUGAAUAUUAUUCACGUAUGCCAACGAGUAGAAGUGUGACUGAACUACAGUGACGUAAUUGAGGCAGUGAAAUUUGGCCAAAGUACGUGUUUUGUAUUAUUUAAGGAAUUAAACAAUCCUCUCUAUUUACCGUUUUUGACUCGACCAAUAGACGGUCCUUGAUUCCUGACCCAGUUCAUACUCUGAUAUUUUACUGAACACCUGAACACUGAUGACGGAAAAUGAUAUUUGUCAGUUCAAAAUUUAAAGUUCAGUUGUGGCCUCUUUUAAUGUAACUUAGAUAACUUAAAAGCAAAAAAAAACAGCUUUUGUCAGCUAAUUUACUGUUCUGGUAUUAUUUUUUAUAAGAAAUAUGUAAAUUCUCAAAAUGUGUAGCACAGCCGAUUGUGGUGUAGCUGUGCAAUCAUGGAAGAAGAUGUGUAGCAAAAUACACAAUUGUGUAGCUUGUGGCAACCCUGCUAAGUGCUGAAAAUUAUCAAGUCAUAUUUUAAAAAUUAAAUUCAAUAAAAAACCUAGAAUUUUAUUGAUGAAGAUUUAUUAAAUACACUGAGAAAAAAUAUUUUUUUUAUACAGCUCUUUUUAUUGAUACAAAAUAACAGCUACGAUAACUGUUAUUUUUUUAUUGUUUUUACGUUUUAACAAAUUAUAUACAGGGUGUCCCACUUAA